CGUAUAAUGUUUAUUAAAAGCCACGAGGUUUUGGAGCUGAGUUGUAAACAUGUUGGUGUUAUUUGAAACAGCGGCGGGUUAUGCCGUGUUUAAGCUGUUAAAUGAAAAAAAGUUGCAGAAAGCAGAAAAUUUGUAUGAUGAUUUUGAGAGUCCAGGAAAAGCCAGUAAGAUAGUGAAGUUGAAACAUUUUCAGAAGUUUGAAGACAUGACAGAGGCUUUGUCAGCUGCCACGGCUGCUGUGGAAGGAAAGAUGAGUAAAACAUUAAAGAAAGUAAUGAAGAAACUUGUUGCAUCAGAUGCCCAGGAAGAGUUGGCUGUAUCAGAUGCUAAAUUAGGAAAUAUUAUAAAGGAUAAAUAUGAACUACCAUGUGUAUCAAACUCUGCCAUCCAUGAAUUGAUGAGAUGUAUUCGAAGUCAGAUGGAAAGUUUAAUAACAGGGUUACCUCAGAAAGGGAUAAUGGCCAUGUCUCUAGGGUUAGCUCACAGUUUAUCUCGGUAUAAGUUAAAGUUUAGUCCUGAUAAGGUUGACACCAUGAUAGUACAAGCUAUAUCUUUAUUAGAUGAUUUAGAUAAAGAAUUAAAUAACUAUACAAUGAGAGCAAGGGAAUGGUAUGGUUGGCAUUUUCCUGAACUUGGUAAAUUAAUAACAGAUAAUUUAGCCUAUGCUAAAUCUGUCAAACUGAUGGGUGAUAGAACAACGGCUGCUACCACAGAUUUCUCUGACAUUCUACCUGAAGAGGUCGAACAGGAGGUCAAAGAUGCUGCAGAAAUAUCCAUGGGAACAGAAAUAUCUGAAGAAGAUCUUGAAAAUAUAAUAUAUUUGUGUGACCAGGUAAUAGAUAUAACAGAAUAUAGAAAUCAAUUAUAUGAUUAUUUAAAAAAUAGAAUGGUUGCCAUAGCACCUAAUGUUACUGUAUUAGUAGGAGAAUUAGUUGGAGCAAGACUUAUUGCACAUGCAGGUUCAUUGAUGAAUUUAGCUAAACAUCCAUCAUCCACUGUACAGAUUUUAGGAGCAGAAAAAGCUUUGUUUCGUGCUUUAAAAACUAAAAAAGAUACGCCCAAAUAUGGUUUGAUUUAUCACGCUUCUUUAGUAGGACAUUCCUCAACCAAAUUAAAGGGAAAGAUAUCUCGUAUGUUAGCAUCAAAAACUUCGUUAGCUAUCAGAGUUGAUGCCCUUGGUGAAGACACUAACGCUGAUCUAGGGUUAGAACAUCGAGCGAAAUUAGAAUUAAGAUUGAAAGCCCUAGAAGAAGGAAAGUCAAAGAGAAUAAGUGGUACUGGUAAAGCCAAAGCCAAGUGGGAUAAAUAUGAAAAUAAAAGUCAAAUAAGAACAUAUGAUUCAUUAGCAGAUUCAACCAUAGAACCAGUUGCUAAGAAACGUAAAAUGAAAGAUGAAGAAAAUAACACUCCGUCUAAAGUAAAAGAAGAAACUGAAGAUGAACCUGUAAAGAAGAAAAAGAAGAAGCAAUCGACUGAUGAUUCAAUGAAUAUAUCACAAGAAUCUAUUGGUUCUCCUAAUGGUCAUGGCGACGGCAGUGAAAAGAAGAAAAAAAAGAAAAAGAAGAUAAAAGAUUCUGAUUAAUUUUAGAAAUAUUUAAAACCAACAAUAGACAUAUGGCAUUUAUAUAGAUCAUACUUUAUAUUGUAUAUAUAAUGAGGAGGAAAACAGAAUGGUGCCUUUUGGAAAUUUGUUGCCAUUCAGUGAAACUGAAUUUUUAGAGGAUGCAUUUUGAGAAGACAUUGUUAAUGAUAUAUUGUCUACAGGAGACAUUGUUAAUGAUGUUAUAUACAGAAUGAGGAAUGUAUGCUAGACCAAUUUUGAUGAAACUGAAAGUGUGUAUAUAAACUAGUUUUACAACAGAUCAUUUCAUUUAUAUGUCAAUCACUGUGUUCAUCAAUUCACCAUUUUCACUCAAUUGAUCACUGUUAAUGGCUAUACUAAACAAGUAAAUGUUCAGAACAGACAUUGUUAUACCACAAAUUUAUCAUUUUAUUUUUUGAGAACCUGGAAAUGGAGGUGGCUGACGCAGACAUUUCUCUAGAUAUAGUGCUACAGUAUUUCUGCUUCUUAUUGACAUUCACAUUAUUAAAGGGUCAUUAUGGAAGAUUAGAUAAAGAGCUAGCUGUUCUUAUUAUAAUAUUUAAAAACUAGACAAUGUAAAGGGUAUGUGCUAAUAAUUUCAGUUAAAUUGCUCCACUCUGAACCAAGAUAUUAGCGAUUGAAUUUUUGGCUAGCCUUGAUCAUCAUUACUCGAGUUGAUAUUAAAAAAACAGUCUUGGUUAUCCAUUUUAAUACGCCCACAUUGAAAUGUGGCCGUAUAUUAUCGUAGCCCCCCCUUCCGUCGUUCCCGCCGUCCACAAUUGCUUGUAGAUGCUCAAGAGGCUAAAGUUAAUAUCCGAAUGACUUCAAAUUUAUACAGUGUUAAAGAUGCCUAUUGAUUUUUAGUGUUUUAUACACAGUGUUUAAGGUCAUGAGACGAAGAAAGUCUAUUCAUUUUCAGAGAUUUUCGAUAAUUACUGCCCGAGUUAUGGCCCUUGAUUCCAUCAAAAAUUCUUGUGGAUGCUCUAAAGGCUAAAGUUAAUAUCCGAUUGACUUUAAAUUUAUACACAGUGUUUGAGGUCAUGAGACGAAGAAUCCUAUUGACUUCAGAUUGAUACACAGAGUUUAAGAUCUUGAGACGAACAAGUAUAUUGAUUUUCAAUGAAUUUUUAUGACUUGAACAGCUAAAUCCAUGAUAUUAAAAGUUUCGUACACUAAACCUUAGCAUGGGGCAGAACUUUAUAAAAACCAAACAAAUUCUAAUGAUUUUCUGAUAAUUACUUAAUGAGUUGUUACUCGUAGUCAGAUUUUAGUGUAUUAUAAAUGUUUCAUUACCGAAAAAAGUAAAAAUAUGUGACAUCUCUUGCUGACUGACCGGACGAUUUAGCUGUUGCGGACGUAUGUUUCGUUGCCUGGCAACCUAUCUUUGGAUUAAAUCAUCAAGCUUUGAGCAGCAGAUCGAAUUCAAAUGAAAAUCUGACACAUAAGAUGGCCCGAGAGUUGAUUAAGGUCUUUUCAUGUUAAUAAAUGUCUAAUAGUUUAUGUAACAUUUCAGACCUAAAAAAAGACUUGCAAUAGGUAGAUUUACCUAGUUGCAUAUUGUAUGUUUAAUGCAUACCUUAUAAUAAGUUACUAUUAUUGAAAAAGAAUGUAGCAUUUUCUCGAAACUAACGUCUGGCACAGGGAUGUAGCCAAACGGACAAUGUAUUCAAGCAAAUACCAGACAUCUGCACAAGUAUUUUAUCAAACUGUUGAAAUAGCAGAUGUAAGGUUUCCUUUGAUUGAAAGAUUUUUUUGUUGUUAUUUUAUAUGAUGAAAUAAAAAAUAAACAAUUUGAACAGA